AUGGCUUCAGCGAUACUAGGAAUCCUUCUAGUACUCGUUCCACUUCUCCUUUCCGCCGAAGCUCAGGCCCGCGGCAACUUGACCUUGGGCAACUCAUUGACGGCGAACGACCAGAACUCUUCCCUAUUGUCGCUGUCGGGUGAGUUCGCCUUUGGGUUCCGGAAAAUGGAACAAGGGGCUCAUUUGCUGGCAAUAUGGUUCGAGAAGAUAGAGGAGAAGACCAUCGUCUGGUCGGUGAAUGGCGAUGAUCUAGCGCCCGAAGGUUCGAAAGUCCAGUUGACCGCCAACCGCGGGCUGGUGCUUACCGCCGAGAGGAGAGAGCUGUGGUCUUCUAACCUGAACGCCACUGGCUUAGCGUAUGCGGCCAUGCUCGACACGGGGAACUUCAUCCUAGCGAGCGCAAGCCACGUCAACUUGUGGGAUUCGUUCAGCCGACCAACGGAUACGAUACUGCCUACGCAACAGUUAGAUUUGGACGCUGUUGUUAGAGCUCGCUAUUCCGAAAUGAAUUACUCCAAUGGGAGAUUCAUCUUCAGACUGCAAACCGACGGAAAUCUCGUGCUCUAUGCCACUCCUACCCCGCUGGUCGUCUCAGAUGCAUAUUGGGCUACCGGCACCCUAGGUAAUGGCUUCCGGUUGAUAUUCAAUCAAAGUGGUCAGGUCUACCUCACGGAUAGGAAUGGAAAAUUACUCAAUAAAGUCACCUCAGACGAAGUUCCAACCAGCGUAUUUUACCAAAGAGCGAUCCUCGAAUAUGAUGGGGUCUUCAGGCAAUAUAUCCACCCAAAGAUGGCAAAUUCGAGUUCUGGCUGGGCAAUGGUCUGGUCGAUGGUCUCUUCCCCAGUCCCUUCAAAUAUAUGCACGAGUAUGAACCGAGAUACUGGUACUGGAGCUUGUGGCUUCAACAGUUACUGUACUCGUGGAGACGAUCAGAUUCAGAGGCCCCGAUGCCACUGCCUACCUGGAUAUACUCUGUUAGAUUCGACGAACGAGAUGAACGGAUGCAGACAGGACUUCGCACCACAGAGUUGUGACGAAAGUAAGCCUGAAACAGACAAGUUUGUUUUGCGUGAGAUGCUUAAUACAGGCUGGCCGAUGUCUAAUUACGAGCGUAGCGAGUCACAAACCGAGCACUGGUGCAGACAGGCUUGCUUGGCUGAUUGUUUUUGUGCAGUCGCUUUUUUCAAAGACAGAAAGUGCUGGAAAAAGAGGACGCCUCUUUCAAAUGGUAGGAUGGAUCCUGGCGUGGGUGGAAAGGCUCUGGUCAAGGUCAGGAUAAAUAACUCAACUUCAAAAGCUACAGGAAAUCGCCAGAAGAAAUCCAAGAAUUUGACUCUGAUGAUUAUCGAAUCAGUGCUGUUGAGUAGCUGUGUGUUUGUGAGCUUGCUUACCUGUGUAAUUUAUAGAAGUUCCCGAUCUAGGGAUUAUAAGUUCUUACAACCAGUCCAGAUCAACCAAGCCAUAGGCACACGGACUUACACUUAUUGGGAGCUUCAAGAAGCGACGGAUGGAUUCAAAGAAGAACUAGGUAGGGGUGCCUUUGGAGCAGUGUACAAAGGUGUUCUUGGAUCCGAGGAUACCAACUUUGUGGCAGUAAAAGUGUUGAUGGCAUGGACCGGAGAAAGUGAAAAGGAGUUCGAAAGAGAAGUGAGUGCAACUGGCCAAACUAACCACAAGAACUUAAUGCAGUUGCUUGGAUUCUGCAAUGAGGGUCAACACCGACUACUGGUGUAUGAAUUCAUGAGCAACGGCUCAUUGGCGGAUUUUCUAUUUGGCUCUUCAAGGCCCAGCUGGUACAAAAGAGUAGAAAUUGCAUGUGAUGUUGCGCGGGGGCUCUCUUACUUGCACGAGGAAUGCACUAGGCAUAUAAUCCACUGCGACAUCAAGCCGCAAAAUAUUCUUCUUGAUGGCUCUCUCACUGCAAAAAUAUCAGAUUUCGGAUUAGCUAAGCUCUUGAUGGCGAACCAAACACGAACCACCACCGGAGUCAGAGGAACCAGAGGUUAUUUAGCGCCAGAAUGGUUCAGGAAUAUGCCUAUUUCUAGCAAAGUAGAUGUUUACAGCUUCGGCAUUUUGUUGGUUGAGCUCAUCUGCUGCAGAAAGAACUAUGAGCCAAAAGCGGAAAUUGAAGCUCAAAUUGUAAUGGUCGACUGGGUUUAUGAUUGCUACCAUGAUGGGAGCGUGCUUCAGCUGGUGGAGAGCGAUGAGGAGGCGUCAAGGGACAUAAAGAUGGUAAAAAGACUUGUGAUGAUAGCAUUGUGGUGCAUCCAAGAAGAUCCGGCUUUGAGGCCAACCAUGAAGAAAACUACUCAGAUGUUGGAAGGAGCGGUUGAAGUCCCAGUACCACCAGUUCCAAGCUUUUUUACCACUUCAAUAUGA